AUAGCAACGACUUUAUUAUUUUUAUAAGACAUUCAAAAAAUAUACGUUUACACAUCCAUAGCAACCCCUUUAUUAUUUUUAUUAAACAUUUUUGACAUUCAAAACAUAUACGUUACACUUAAUACGAGCAAAAUCAUAUUUAUAUUUUCGAGUUCAAAAUAUUUGUUGAAAUAAAAAAAUGUCUGAUAUUAAGGACAUUGAUUCGUGCGACUUUGCCAAUAUUUCGGACCUGGAUCCUGGCUCAGCCCUUGAACCAGAGCAAAUGGCCCUACUUACCCCGAAUCAUCAUCUCCUCCGCAAGUUUCAAAAGUCUUUAAAAGAGCAUUUAUUACGUUCUAAACGUGACAUAGAAAAUGAAAUUGCAGAAGUAAAAUAUCAUGUUAAACUGAAAGAGCAACGACGGGAAGAACAAGGAUUGGCUUUAUAUGACAUGCAGCAAAAAAUGGGAUUUCAAGAAGAACAAAUUCAAGAUCUAUCUACAGUAAUGGAAAAACAUUUUAAAAACCGCCAAGUAGAAGAAAUAAAAGGAAAUGCUUUGAAAAAUGAAUUCGCGGAAAAAAUGAAGCUAACCAAGUCUCAAAAAACACUUUAUCAUGCAAGAAUGGCUGAACUCGAAGAUAUACAAAGCUUAGGAAGUAAUAUUAAAAAAUGGGCGUAUGAAGUAGAGGAUGAAGUGAAAAACGCAAAGCGCAUUGUUAGCAGGGACGCACAACUGCAAGAUCAGCUAUCUCAGGAAAAACGAAAGUCAGAUAUACUAUUUUACCGGCUGGACAUGGAAGUUAAAAAAAGAGAGGCAGAGUUGCUUUCUAUUUGCCAAGAAGAAGCUGCAAUGUCAGAAGUUGUCAAUAUUUUAAAUAUGAGCAUUGCUAAUGCUAAUACAGACUUAGAGGUUUUGCAAAAUGAGCAUAAGCGUCUUACACAUGCAUGGAGCGAGGUCAUUAUAGCCAUUAAAUUGAGGGACAACAUUUUAUUUCAAGUUCAAGAUACUAUGAGAAAAGAUCGGGAGUCAAUAAAGUUAAAUUUGGCUGGAACAGAAGCUAUUAAAAAACAAAUCGGAAAGGAAAUGGAACUUAAUAAAAAACUGGAGUCAUUUAGGCAACGACUGGCCGAUGAUACUUAUUUAUUAAGACGGGACUGUCAAGAUGAGAAUGAAACACUUGUCAGAUUGCAAGGCAAAUUAGAAGAGCUCCCAGAGUUCUUAAAUAGUUUGGAAUCUGAUCUGCAAGAAGCAAUGCGAGACGGCUCCCGACUAUUUUCUGAAAUCCGAAAAUUUGACUUUACGUUGGAUAAAUAUCAGACACAAAAGUUUCGGUCUGAUGACGCCAUAUUAAAGUUGGCACAGGACCAUCUAAUAACUGACAAGGCAACAUCUUACCGUUUAAAACUAUUGAAUAAGUUACAAGAGCGACGACGUAGUGUCGAUUUAUCGUUAUCAAAAGUUCAAAAUCAAAUGGCGUCAUCAAUGCUUGAGGUCGAGAAACUUAGAAGUGUUGUUUUUAAUGCAAGAACACAUAAUGAUACUACGAAGUCAAAAUUAAAUAAUUCUCAAAAUAAAUCUUGUAUACUGCAAAAUGAUUUGAAAACUAUGCACAUUCAAAUUGAAAUUAAAAUGAAAAUGAUAGAAAAGCUAAACUACAAAAUAGACCAAACGAAAUAUUUUUUGGCUGAUGCAUCUGGAAAUCCCACAGAUUUAAAGAUCAAACAAAUCGAGAAAUCUAUUCACACGGGAGAGCUGCAAAUUCGAGAGCAUCAACAGUUUUGGAUUAUGUUGCAGAAUCACUUUGUUAAUUUGUCCCAAAAAAGAAGCAACCAGCUAAUCGAAAUUCAAGUUACUCGUAAACAGCUAUCUAUUAUUAAGCAAAAGUCUCUUAAAAUCGAUCAAGAGCUGCAGGUAUCGCAAAAAAAAACCAAGGACUUACAAAUAUUUAUUCAAAACUUUACAUCAAAAUUGGAGCUUCUAAAUGACAAAAUAUACAAAAAACGGGUACAUCAUGAUUUUCAGGAGACUGAGUUCGAGCACGAACAGUCUGAGCAUACCCAAAAACUGAAGUUGGCUGAGCGCGGAAUAUUGAAGACGGAAGGAACCAUUAAUGAUCUACAAAACGAAAUUGAGCUUUACAAAUAUCUCGUUGUAGAUAACCAUAGGGAAACGUUAUCGUGGGAAACCAAAUAUAAAUUGAUUGAAGAAACUAUUCAAUGGUUGAAGUUACAGCGAUCUGUAAAUGGUGAAAUCGGAGUAAUGAAAACUGAAAUACAUCGUAUGAAUAUUAGAUAUGGUCAACUUAAACGGGCACAAGAGAGACUUGUCUUAGAUCUAGAACAUUGCGUUAUGCAUCGCGAACAAAUUUUUGUCAACGCUUCAGUUAAAGAACACGUACAAACAAAAAUUAAAAAAUGUAAAAACACCACUCAGAUUCAGGUGAGACUUGAUGAAGUUCAUAACAGGGCAAAAAUAAUACGAAAUGAAAUAAAGUUUUUAUCGGAAAAACGCCUAGUCGAUGAUGUCAAUAAAAUUGAGCGUAUGAUUUAUAUGUUACGUAGAAUACAAACAGAUCUUAAAGAUGUCAUAAAUGAUGCCAGCAUCCAAGAUCGAAUAGAAGAAGGCAUUUUAGCUAAGCAUGCCAAUUUGGAGCAAAUAGUACGGAAACAGAUCAAAGCAAAGGCUUAUCGAAGACUUAAUAUAUUAACUAUACAACAAAAAACAGUUCGAUCAGAGAAGACAUAUCAACUGGUAAUACAAAAGCAAAGCGAGCUGAACGACACCCUUAUGGAAAUUAACCAAACUCUAGUAAUAGACUUUCCUGAUAAAAAAACGUAUUUUUCAAAAAUAUUUCAUGUUCUUAAGGAAUAACAUUAUUAACGAAUAAUAAAUAAACUCCUUAAAAUUAUUAGUUCUUCAAUUCAAUAAAUGUUGCUUAAAUAUUCAA